AUGGCGGUAGGCACGCAAACUGCCAUAAUAAAUGCCCCAGAGCAUUUAAAGUGCAAAUUGUUGUCUGGAACAUUCAAAGACGCAGCGUUACGCUGGUACAUGAAUCUUCCAAAAAAUUCUAUUGAAAGUUAUGCUGACUUCCAAAAGAAAUUCAUCCAUCAAUUUGCUGGAUCAAAACAUGUGAAAGUCACAUCAACUAGCCUCUUUUCAAUUUGCCAAAACCACGCAGAGUCAUUGCGUGAUUACUUGGCUAGAUUUAGCGAAGCCACCAUAAAGGUUUCGAAUCCUAACCAAGAAAUGUUCGUAGCGGCUUUUCACAACGGGCUAAGGGUGGGACACUUCAAUGAAUCCUUAGCCCAAAAGCCUGCAUCUUCGAUGCAAGAAAUAAACAAGAUAGCAGAAUGUUAUAUCAAGGGAGAAGAAAGUAACGCAGAGAAGAGGCAGAGAUAUGCCAAGGAAAAAGAAUACGUCAACCGUAACGGAAAGGCUCCUGACCAUCAGCGACAAAGGUAUGGAGGCCAACAAGAGGCGUCAUGGGAAAGAUGCCAGGGAAACCCUUAUUACCAACUACCAAGGCGCGAAGUCAAAGACUAUCCCUCCUUCAAGGAGUACACGCCUUUGAACAAAGCCAAAGUGCAUGUAUUGAAGGAAAUUCUCGCCACCGAUUUAGAUAACUUUCCUCCCUCUAGGGAUAGAGGCGCUUUGAUGGGACCUGACAGUGAUGCUUGGUGCGCCUAUCAUCAUUGUAGAGGGCACUCGACGGAGAAGUGUUUUCGACUAAGAGAUCUUAUCGAGGAGUUUAUUAAAAGCGGUCACUUGAGAAAGUUUAUCGAGGAUGCGGCACAAGGGCGAGUCGUUGUGCCAAAGGUUCCUAGGCCAGAACCGCGGGAUUCAUCAGAGGGUAGAGAAGAACCGCCCAAAGCGAGAGUCUCCAUCAACACUAUUGCUGGAGGAUUUUCAGGAGGAGGCGAAUCAAAUUCUACUAGGAAGCGGUUUGUUCGACGCGCCAUCUCUGAAACAUACCUUAUCAGGCACCCACCUUUCCCAUCUAUUCCUGAAUGA